AUGGAGGACCAGGGGGAGACCACAAUUUCGAUUCGGCCGGUUGGUGUCACAAGCGAUGAGGCCGUCCAAGUUACUGUGGAUCGGUCCUCACCACUUGGUGACAUCAAGAAAGUCCUUGCGGACUUGUUCGACCGGCCAGAGGCAGGACCAAUGAACCACGUCGGAUCCGAUUUGACCGCAGCUUUAACCUUCUGCACCAUUCGCCAAGAUCGCCACAGAUGGCCAGUUUCUGAAGCACUGCUCUCAGAAUUGCAACUACUGAAACUGAUUAUUGUAGACCAUUUGUAG